UGCUUCCAAACUAAAACUCACCCAUUUCAUAUUCUUACAAAGUCACCAUAACUACCUCUUUUUAUUCAUCAACAUUCAAUCCCUUUUUCUAACUUUUCCAUAUUCUAUGUUUGAAAUAUUAUUACUUGGUUUUUAAGAAAAACAUAGUUUUUUUUAAGGUUCAUCUCCUUAUACUUCCGUUCCUCUCAAAAAAAAAAAAAAAAAUCUCCUUACUUCCUUACAAAAAAGUUUAUGUCCCUAUUUUUCUCGGACAUAUAUAUACAUCAACACCAGAAAAGCAUUAACCAGAAAGUCCAGAAUUCAAACCUUAAAAAUUAUCGUAACUCGUUAACAUUUGUCUAUAAUAAAGAAAAAACUAUAUUUCUAAUAUGGGUUUAGAGCAAAGGUUUGUGAUGAUGGUAGUGAUUUGUAUCAUUUUGGGUGCAAGUGAAAGAAGCAUGGGUUUGAAGCAUAAUUAUGAAGAAGCAUUGGCAAAGAGCAUAUUGUUCUUUGAAGGGCAGAGGUCAGGGAAGUUACCACCAACACAAAGGAUGAGUUGGAGGAAGGAUUCUGCUUUUGGUGAUGGUUUUCAACUUGAUGAUGAUCGAUUCUUUGAUAAAGUUGACUUGGUUGGUGGUUACUAUGAUGCUGGUGACAAUGUGAAAUUCAAUUUUCCAAUGGCAUUUUCAACAACAAUGUUAGCAUGGAGUGUAAUAGAGUUUGGAAAAUUCAUGGGUCCUGAACUUAACAAUGCACUAGAUGCAAUAGGUUGGGCCACUGAUUAUUUCCUAAAAGCCACAAAUACCCCUGGUUUUGUUUUUGCACAAGUUGGUGACCCAUUUGGUGAUCAUAAUUGUUGGGAGAGACCUGAAGAUAUGGAUACUCCUAGAACAUCAUUUUUUGUUAGUAAGGAGAAUCCUGGAUCUGAAGUUUCAGCUGAAAUUGCAGCUGCACUUGCUGCUUCUUCUAUUGCUUUUAAGAAAUUUAAGCAUAAUGUUGGGUAUUCUGAAAGGCUCCUCCAAAGGGCCAUAAUGGUUUUUGACUUUGCAGAUAAAUACAGAGGAUCAUACAAUGACAGCCUUGGUCCUUAUGUGUGCCCAUUCUAUUGUGAUUAUGGUGGCUACCAGGAUGAAUUGGUGUGGGGAGCAGCAUGGUUACUGAAGGCUACUAAGCUACCUAAUUACUGGAAUUACAUUAAACAAAACAUUCACAAUGUGAAAAAUUAUGGUGAAUUUGGAUGGGACUCAAAGGAUGCUGGCAUCAAUGUUCUAAUUUCUAAGCUUCUAGUUAAUAAUCCAGCUUCUAAGCCUUUUAACCUCAAUGCUGACAAGUUUAUAUGUGCUGUGCUACCUGAAUCACCCUUGGUUUCAGUCUCAUACUCUCGAGGUGGACUUCUAUUCAAGACUAGUGGGAGUAACUUGCAGCAUGCAACAUCAUACUCAUUUCUUUUGUUGGUUUAUGCUGGAUAUUUGAAUACUGUAAAUAAAAAGAUUGAUUGUGGUGGUGGAGUUUUAGCUUCUUCAAAGAGACUUAAACAAUUAGCAAGAAGUCAGGUAGACUACAUACUUGGAAGCAACCCAUUGAGUAUGUCAUACAUGGUUGGAUAUGGACAAAAAUUUCCCCAAAGAAUACAUCAUCGUGCUUCAUCAUUACCUUCUAUUGAUCAACAUCCUAGCAAAAUCAAUUGCAAAGGAGGAUCCAAUUAUUUUGAAACCCAAAAUCCAAAUCCCAAUUUGCUUGUAGGAGCUGUUGUUGGGGGACCUAAUAUCAAUGAUGAAUAUGUUGAUUCUAGAGCUGAUUUUGUACACUCAGAACCUACAACAUAUAUCAAUGCACCUCUUGUUGGUGUUUUGGCAUAUUUUAAAUCACAUCCAUUAUAAAGUCAUGUCUCAAUCCAGGUUUCUUAAAGUUACCGACUAUACGGAUUCACAUAAUUAAGAGAUUUGUGACCGUCUGAUUAAGAUUGGAUCAUUCAGAUCUCUAACUCAGUAAUUUUAAAAAAUAUCUCAAUUUAGUGACUAUGUAAAUGCAUGCCGUCGGCGGUGACAGUAGAAAAUUUGGGUUCUAUUUUUUACACAUUAGUUUGUAAGAAAAAAGGAAAUGGAGGAUGCUUUUUGUACUGAAGUACUUCAAAAUAAGGUGGCAUUUACCAUAGACAAAUGCAUUAAUUUUCUUACCAUAGUUAAAUGUCCAUCCAACCAUUGAAAAAUACAUAAAAAUUCAGUGGUUGAGAUGUUAGAAAGGGUGCCCAACUCCAUACACCUUUGUAUGUGUGAAAGUUAUUUGUGAAAUAGGGUUGUAAAAUGUUGUAAUUGCAAAACUUUGUCAAUUAUUAUUUUAUGAAAUUUUUGGUUGUUGAACCAAUGGAUUUGGAUUA